AAAAGUUAAAAGCAAGCGUAGAAAGAAAGAAGGCAAUUAAAGAAAGUUUCUUUAUUGUUGUUUGUAUGUGGCAACUGAAAAUGUUUUAAGACACAACUGCUGGAACAUGGAAAAUUUGAACUUUGCACGCACACCGCAAUUUUUGCGCAAAGUUAUCUAUGAGGCCAGAAGAUCAUUUAUUCACAACGACGACAAUUCGUCGGCGUCGGGUGGCCAAAAGGGGCACGGGGACGGUGAGACGUCAACGCCACACGACGAAAUGGAAUUGGCACACACACUGACACUUAACGAGGAGGCACUCAAACAGUUGCCCGAACAUAAGAGACCCGUCUUCGAGCUAGAAUGGCUGCGUUAUCUGGAGAAAUCGCUGCCGCAUGUGGCCAAGCACGAGGUGAAGGCAUGUCAGAAGAAAUUGGUCCAACAAUUAUCGGAACGCAUUCAGGGCGCACCGGGACCACCUAUGCGAAAAUUAAUUGCCAGUGCAUUGGCCACCCUCUUCUCUGUCGGCGACACCUUUAUGCUCUUCGAUACUGUGAAUGCCUGCAAUGACAUAUUGAAGAAUAAGGACGAUUCCCCCAGCUAUCUUCCAACCAAACUUGCCGCCAUCUGCGUAUUGGGUUCCAUGUACGAGAAACUUGGACGAAUGAUGGGACGCACCUAUGAGGACACUGUACAGAUAUUGAUACGCACAUUGCGCAAUGCAGAGUCUCAGGCACGCAUAGAGAUUAUGAAUACAUUGGAGAAGGUGAGCGCAGGCAUGGGCACAGCCAUUGCCAAUGUGCAUAAGGACAUUUACAAGGCGGCCAAGCAUUGCCUGUUGGAUCGGGUGAUGGCAGUACGAGUCGCAGCUGCUCGCUGUGUCCUAAAAAUGAUCUACAGUGCUCCCUUUCUGUAUCAAACGGAGCUGGAAAGUUUAGGAACUUUGUGUUUUCGUGCCUUCGAUGGAAGCAACUACGAAGUGCGUUGUGCUGUGGCUCAAUUGCUAGGCACGCUCCUGGCCUACACUCAACAGCAAGCGGAAGCGGCGGGUAAGAAGAAGCCAGGACAAGGCCAGCAGGGGCCGACAAUGCAUGCAGGGAAAGGUGGCGCCCAAAGACUCGUCUCCUUGGACGAGGCACUCGGCAUUUUGAUGUCUGGCUUUUUGCGCGGUGGCGUCUCCUUCCUCAAAGGCACCGGAGAGAUUAUAAAGGGCAGCUCAGGCGUUAAUCGUGAGGUGCGUGUGGGCGUGACUCACUCGUAUGUGGUGUUUGUGCAAUUUAUGGGCAGCGUUUGGUUGGAACGAAAUUUGGGCAUUUUCCUGGCGCAUGUACUCGAUUUGGUGGCCAAUCCAAAGGCGGCCUGUUCGCAUGUCGAUGCAGUUUAUUCGAGGAAGUGCAUUAAUUUUAUAUUACGCUCCACCAUUGGCAAAAUGCUGGGCGAGAAGGCGCAAAGCGCUGCCUGCAAGGAGCUCAUACAUUUGGUGGCCAAGCAGAUGAAUUCAAUUGACUUCAGUCCGGAAAAUGCCAAGGAUUCGAAUCAGGAGACACUAUUCAGUCAACAUUUGCUGGUGUGUGCGUUGCACGAACUCAGCUCCCUAGUCAUUGGGUUGGGUACGACAGCCCAAAACCUGUUAAGCGAUCAGUCCUUGAAUGCCAUCGAUGCGACGUGUGCGGUCCUUGUACAUCCCUGUGCGGCAGCACGUCUGGCUGCCGCUUGGUGUCUGCGUUGCUACUGCAUUGCUGUCCCCAGCCAGAUAACGCCUCUGAUCGAUCGCUUCAUCGAGGCCAUCGAGCAGAUGCGAUCCUCUCCCGAGGCUAUUGCCGGUUAUAGUGCCGCAUUGGCGGCCAUUUUGGGCAGCGUGCGUUACUCCCCACUUGGAAUACCGCACAAUAAGGGCAAAGUGGUCUUCAAUUGUGCCGAGGAAUUGUUGCGCUCCGCUUCUCAAAAUAGCCGCAUGUCCUUGAAUCGCACACAAGCGGGUUGGCUGUUAAUUGGCGCCAUCAUGACGUUGGGAUCGCCAGUGGUAAAGGGUCUGCUGCCACGAAUGCUGCUCCUCUGGCGCAACUCUUUCCCACGCUCCAACAAGGAACUGGAAUCGGAGAAGGCGCGUGGCGAUGCCUUCACCUGGCAGGUGACGCUCGAGGGCCGCGCCGGCGCUUUGUCCGUCAUGCACAGUUUUCUGCUGAAUUGUCCGGAGCUGGUUAACGAGGAUAUUACACGUCGUCUGCUUACGCCAAUUGAGAGCGCGUUAGCAAUGCUGGUGAACUUAGCCGCCGUAUUGAAAAGCUAUGGCACACAACUAAAAGCCCCUGCUGCCAUGGUUCGUCUGCGUCUUUUUGAGACCCUUACUCUUCUACCGCCCAAUGCUUUGGAGGCCUCCUACACACAUCUGUUACGAAUGCUCGUUUCGGAAUUUACGCUGUCGGACAAUGCGGCCAAUACGACAAACUCUCUACUUCGCACGCUCUGCCACGGCGAUGACUCGAUCAUAUUGGGCACUUGGCUGCAGGAAACGAAUCAUCGCACCAUUGAGGAUCAGAUGGAGCCGAAUCGUAAAGUCGAUGGCGAGCAUUUGCAACCUAAUAGCGCCGCUGGCUCGGGAGCGCUGGAACAUGAUCCUUGCUGUUUGUACCGUCCCACCUGGUCGUCUGCCACGUCUUCCAGUAGUCAAGCGCCAUCAAACAACAUACAACUCCCAGGACCUUUGCCGCUUGGCGUUGCAGUUAUCGACACAUCUGUGAUGCUUUACGGCACCAUUUUCCCAAAAGUAGCAAACAAGCAUCGCUUGCAAAUGCUCGAACAUUUCGGGGAGUGCAUCAAGCAAGCGAAGAGCACUCGUCAGGAGGCAAUUCAAAUGAAUAUAUUCACAGCAUUGUUGAGUGCACUCAAGAAUCUGACGGACAGCAAAACGAGCUUAGGCCAGGAGGAUGUUAAAAAGAGCGCUACAAAUUUGAUUGUGUCUUCGCUUACAAGUGCGAAUUCUACGAUACGUUGUGCUGCUGGCGAGGCUUUGGGUCGUCUCGCCCAGGUCGUUGGAGAUUCACAUUUCACGGCAGAGCUUGCACAGAACUCGUUUGAUAAACUGAAGUCUGCACGAGAUGUGGUCACACGGACUGGCCACUCCCAUGCCUUAGGCUGUCUUCAUCGCUAUGUCGGCGGUAUGGGAUCUUCGCAGCACUUGAAUACCAGCGUCUCCAUAUUAUUGGCCCUGGCUCAAGAUACCUCGUCGCCCGUUGUGCAGGUUUGGUCUCUGUAUGCGCUCGCCCAGAUUGCCGACUCCGGCGGUCCUAUGUUCCGCGGCUAUGUGGAGGCCACGUUGACGCUAUCGCUGAAACUGUUGCUCACGGUUCCCCAUGCGCAUGUGGAUGUGCAUCAGUGUGUGGGCCGUGUAGUCAAUGCUCUGAUAACCACUGUCGGACCAGAGCUGCAGGGUAAUGGAAGCGCUGUCUGCGCCAUGCGCUCGUCCUUCCUUUGUGCCGCAGCGUUGCUGCAGGCACACGCGGAUCCGCUUGUUCAAGCCGAAGCCAUUGGCUGUUUACAACAACUACAUUUGUUUGCUUCCAAGUCCGUGAAUUUGGACACUCUGGUGCCGACGCUGGUCAAGAUGCUGGCCAGCAAUUAUUUCAUUUUAAGGAAGGCUUCUGUUGCUUGUUUGCGGCAAUUGGCGCAUCGCGAAGCCAAGGAAGUAUGCGAACUGGCGUUAACCAUAACACCCGAGCAAUGUCCCGAUUUGCAGAUCACAGAAUAUGGUCUUCCCGGCUUGCUUUUCUCCAUGCUGGACACAGAAACUGAUGCGGAGAUGCUUAAGAACAUUCAUGACACCCUUACAUCUAUGUUGCAAAUGCUGGCCGCUGACAAUUUGAGUUCCUGGUUAAGUCUUUGCAAGAAAGUGCUCACUGUGGCGGUAGAGAGUGUUGGCGGUGCCGAAGAUCCCUUAAAUAAACAUGAUGCUGGAUCAGGCUCAAAGCCAUCGGGUGACAAUGCCACCAAAGAUGCAGCCGAGGACGAUGAUGAUGAUGAAGAGGAGUAUGCGGAUGAUGUGACAGAAUAUCGUGCGGAGGAGGAUACGUCCACGCAUCCAGCAGUGCAGCCACGUUGGCCCACCCGUGUCUUUGCCGCGCAAUGUGUCCGCAAAAUAAUCGCCACCUGUGAGGCCGCCAAUCCCACACACUUCGAUCUGCUGCAGGCGAAGGAACAGCGGUUAAUCAAGUCCCGAGGCGAUUAUCUCAUCCUUCAUCUGGCCGAGCUUAUACGCAUGUCCUUCAUGGCCGCUACUUCAGAUUCGGAUCAGUUGCGUCUAGAGGGAUUGCGCACACUCCAGGAGAUCAUUGAUCGCUUCGCCAAUGUGCCGGAGCCGGAAUUUCCAGGACACUUGCUACUCGAGCAGUUUCAAGCACAGGUUGGAGCCGCCCUGCGUCCUGCCUUUACGCCGGAUACGCCGUCGCAUGUAACAGCCGCUGCUUGUGAGGUCUGUUCGGCCUGGAUAGGGUCUGGGGUGGCACGAGACAUCAACGAUCUGCGGCGUGUGCAUCAACUGUUGGUCUCAUCUUUGAAUAAGCUCUACACCAAGACAAACAGCACCCAGCUGUAUAAUGAGUCCAUGGCUACGCUUGAGAAGCUGAGCAUAUUGAAGGCCUGGGCUGAAGUCUAUAUAGUGGCUAUGGUGAGCAAUGGAAAGGCGCCCGCAUCGUUGCUCCAAAAAAAACUGACAGCGACGACCAAUAAUCUGACACUACUGGUUAGUGGCUUGGAUUUGGAUGAAGGUUCCUUCCAUGGUAGCGGCGGCGCUUGUGGGGACUACGGUGAAGGUCGUGGCGAAAGUUUGUUGGGUCUAGUUCAGCCGGAAUUAGAAAAUUUGUCCACUCACUGGCUGGCUGCUAUGAAGGAUCAUGCAAUGCUGUUGCUGCCCGUCGAAUUUCAGUCGCAGUUGCCACAUGAUGGCGGCGCUUUUUACACUACAGACACCAUAAACUCAGCGAAACCGCAUUACAUGAGCUCCUGGCCACCCAUACUCUAUGCCGCCUCCUUAUGGCUAAGGGAUGAGGGAUUUGCCUUGCAUUUGCAGACAUCCUCAUUGGCCGCCUCAUCAGCCUCAUCGUCACCGACCUCAACUGAAGCUAUCGAAGAGUCUAACAACAAUAACAUCACGCAUGGUUCCCUCUCUGCGGAUCGUUUUCACAUGAUCUUUGGCAUUUGCAUGGAAGCACUGUGCAGCAUUCGCAUCUCGGAUAAGCCCAAGAAUAUAAUCAGUUGUCUGCAUGCCCUGCACACCAUAUUCGAUUCGGAUUGGGCACGACAGCAACUAAUAAAAGACAAAACAUUGACGAUCGAGCUGUGCAAUGUGCUGCAUCGUCAGAUACUAACGAGGGAUGAGUUGUUGGUGCAAUUACUGUGCGUGGAGAUACUUAAACAGACAAUACAGGCAGCUCGCGAAGAUCUGCAGCGACGUCGUGCCGCACUAGAGAGUGAUAAUGCCAAUGAUGCACAGUCGACGGCGCAGUUGGGCGAAGGAGGUGAUUCGGGCACCAUUACACCAGGAUCCUCACAUGUGUAUGCCGUCCUAGAGGUUUGUCUGUGCGUCUUUGUACGUCAGAUUCCCAGCAUGAAUCCCAGCAAGCAGACCAAUGGUGGUGCUGGACAAACGGCGGGCAUACAAUUCGAUUACGCAUAUGCCAAGCAUAAUGCAGCCGCCUCGUUCUUCUCGGUUCUAGGCGAUGACAACGGCAUGCUGGUGGCUAGCGGGCUGCAGUGUGUCGAGGAGCUGGCCGAGCUUUGCUCUCCACGCGGCGCCCUUACCAUAUUGCCCACCAUUCUCUACAUGACUACAACGAUCAUCAAAGAGAUUGCCAACAAAUCGUCGAUUGAUACCACCAUUCUGGCCAACACGAGUGCCGUAAGGGCAGCUCUCCAAUGCCUACGUUCCGUCUGUGUCCACAGAUGGGCGCAAGAGCCGGAUAUAACUGCUGAUUGGCAGCAGUUGUUGCAGAGCGCUUUGGCAACUGUUAUCGAUCUGACCAAAACCGCUGGCGAGGAUGAUGAACGCAAAGUCGAUGAAGUUACCAUGUUAUUGGCCAUCGCUGUCUUUAUAUUACACACGCCAGCAUCUGUAGUCGCGACGCCCUCAUUGCAAUAUCCAUGCAUCAAUCAUUUCCGGCAAUGCUUGCAAUCGGAGCAUUUGUCGGUGAAAUUGAAAUGCAUCGAGACGACGCGUUCGAUAUUCACAAAAGCGGAUCUGAAGACGGCCACGCCAUAUAUACAUGCACUGGCGCCGAGGAUUAUUGAAUCCCUGUAUGCGGAAUGCACCAAAACGCCGACCAGCGAGCUGGAACUGCAAGUCACUUUGGAGAGCAUUGUAACGGUGGAGCAAUUAAUUGAGUUGGCAGAGCCACAACAUCGAACUUUGCUACAAGACAUACAAAUGCUCACAUUGCUGGUGCCGGUCCUCAUCAGCUAUCUGGCUGAACCGAAUAAAUUGCGCACUCUGCCGAAAUAUCAGAGACAAUUGCACGAGCAGGCCCUGCAAUGGCUGCUGAAAAUCGGACCCAAAUAUCCGCAGGAAUUCAAGAGCCUCAUGGGGCAAACACCAGAGCUUCGCCAGAAACUGGAGGCAGCGAUACGAAAUCAACAGCAGUCAAUUAGUAUUGCCCAAAAGGCGAAUGAGGCGCAGCGAAGCGGCUUACUGGCCAAGCCACAGAAGCCGACGAUCAAGCUGAAAACGGACUUUAGCAAUUUCCAUUGAAUGCCAGACACAAUUUCAACAUAUAUCCAAUUUGUGUGUCCAUAUACAACUUAUAUACAUACAUAUAUAUAAAUAUUAGCGUGAUUUUUGCCUGCUUAAAUGCUUCGCAAUGUGGAAGGCAAAUGAAACUUCACUUGAAUCGCGGCUACUCGAAAAUGUUUAUACGCAAUGAUUUGUGUUUUGCCGUAAAAGUAAAUAACAAAUAAUGAUGUACCUAUAAAAAAACUUUAUAAAUUAUUGUUAGCUAUUAUUAUGACCACUUAUGUAUGAAUAAACUUAUAAAGGCGAAA